GGGGCUGAUUGGCGGAGGCGGCCGCGGCCCCUCCCGCCAGAGGCGGGCACGGGGGACCUGCCCUGUGCCGGGAGCUGCCCGCUGUCCCGGGAGCGGGGCAGUGCAUGGGGCGGGAGGGCAGCCGAGCCUUUCCCCGGAGCCGGGGGCGGACGGCAGCGCCGGUGUAUGCGGCGGCGCGGAGCGGGGGCAGCCCGGAGUGAUGCGAAGUUGAGGGAGGACGGAGCGAGGGAGCCUCCUCUGCUCGCAGGGCAGCCCAGCCCCGCAGCAGGUGCAGCAGAGCCCGGGCGGAGGCACCGGCGGGCCCGGCGCUCCCGGCGCCGCAGCAGCGCCGCAGCCCGGGCCGGGCGGACCCGGCUGAAGGACGAGAGCCCCGAGCGGAGCUGCGGCCAUCGGCUCCUUACCACAGGCAGCGACGCGGAGGAGCGGCCCUGAAGGGACAGCGCUAUGAAGCCGUACGCUCCAGCUUUCAUUCUCCUGUGGAGUGCCGUCGGGAUAGCGAGGGCUGCCAAAAUCGUCGUCGUGCCGCCAAUUAUGUUUGAAAGCCAUCUUUAUAUUUUCAAGACUCUGGCCUCAGCCUUGCAUGACCAAGGUCACCAGACAGUGUUUCUCCUCUCUGAGGGCAGAGAGAUUCCUCCAUCUAAUCACUAUAGACUUCAGCGCUACCCAGGGAUCUUUAACAGCAGCACCUCGGAUGAUUUCCUCCAGUCCAAGAUGAGGAGUAUCUUCUCGGGGAGACUGACAGCCCUCGAACUGUUCGACAUCUUGGACCACUACACCAAGAACUGCGACAUGAUCGUUGGCAACCAAAACCUCAUGCGUGCCCUGAAACAGGAAAAAUUUGACCUGCUCCUGGUCGAUCCCAACGAGAUGUGCGGAUUUGUUAUAGCUCACCUUUUAGGGGUUAAAUACGCCGUGUUUUCCACUGGCCUCUGGUAUCCAGCAGAAGUGGGCGCUCCGGCUCCCCUGUCCUACGUUCCCGAAUUCAACUCGCUGCUCACGGAUCGCAUGAACUUCUUCGAGAGGAUUAAAAAUACUGUUGUUUAUCUCAUUUCGAGGUUCGGAGUCAGUUUUUUGGUCCUGCCAAAAUACGAACGGAUAAUGCAGAAACACAAGGUUCUUCCGGAGCGGUCCAUGUACGACUUGGUCCAUGGAUCCAGCCUGUGGAUGCUUUGUACCGAUGUAGCGCUGGAGUUCCCGAGACCUACGCUUCCCAACGUCGUUUACGUGGGAGGGAUCCUCACCAAACCGGCCAGCCCUCUGCCAGAAGACCUCCAGGCGUGGGUGAAUGGUGCUAAUGAGAACGGCUUCGUGCUCGUCUCCUUCGGGGCUGGAGUGAAGUACCUAUCGGAAGACAUCGCCAACAAGUUGGCACAUGCCCUGGCCAGGCUGCCCCAGAGGGUUAUUUGGAGGUUUUCAGGGAACAAACCAAGGAAUUUAGGCAACAACACGAAGCUGAUUGAGUGGUUACCGCAGAACGACCUCCUGGGUCACUCCAACAUCAAAGCUUUCCUUAGCCAUGGAGGUUUGAACAGCAUUUUUGAAACCAUGUACCACGGGGUCCCAGUGGUGGGGAUCCCCCUUUUUGGAGACCAUUACGAUACCAUGACCCGUGUGCAGGCCAAAGGCAUGGGAAUACUGCUCAACUGGAAGACUAUGACUGAGAGUGCACUGUAUGAAGCCCUAGUAAAAGUUAUUAAUGACCCCAGCUACCGGCAGCGGGCGCAGCGGCUGUCUGAGAUCCACAAGGACCAGCCUGGCCACCCCGUGAACCGGACUGUGUACUGGAUUAACUACAUCCUCCGCCACAACGGAGCCCAGCAUCUACGUGCCGCUGUUUACAGCAUCUCCCUCUUUCAGUAUUUCUUACUGGAUAUCGCCUUUGUCCUUCUAGUGGGUGCUGCCUUACUUUACUAUGUGUUGGCCAGGGUGGCCAGGUUUGUCUGCAGGCAGAGCAAGCAGCUCUGGUCGAACGACAAGCACAGCGCCGUGAACGGACACUACCAGAACGGGAUCCCCAACGGCAAGUACAGGAGGAACGGCCACAUCAAGCAUGAAAAGAAGGUGAAAUGAGCCAACGGCCCCCCCCAGUGUAAAGUAGUAACGAAUCAGAUCAGUAAUCGAAUUUUAUCGCUGUAACUUAGCCUAACAACUACUUAAAAAGAAAAAAAAAAACAACAAACCUCGGUAAGCAGUUCUAACACUCCCCUUCGGUAUGUAAUAUUAUGUGACAAAAUUCUACGGAACUAAGAGAAGCCUUUAAAAAAAGAAAAAGGAAAAAAAAAAAAAAAGAGCAAGCAAGCAAGCAAGCACAACCUAAAAUGGAAAAUGUUUUAUUCUUAAUACUGAUGCAGAGAGGUUAUUUUGGCACUGAAGUUUUUAGAAGCCUUAAUUCUCUAUAAAGUUCUAUACGACGACCGUAUUUAUGAAUUUUGAGUUUUUUAAAAGCUCAAUGUGUGUGUCCCAAAUGAGGAGAGGUUUCUUUUUAUUUGCAGAGGUGUUCUCCUUUUAUUUUUUUAUUAUUUUAAUAUGUCCAUCCUUUUAGCUGAGAGAACUCUAGUGCUAGUUCUGUGUUUCCUUCGUUGGAGGUUCAACAUGUUGUGUAAGAAUGCUGUUUAAAACAAAAAGUUCUUCCCAGUCUUUAUGCAAGAAAUAGCAAGUUGCAGACUGAAAACACAGACCUUAAAAAAAAAAAGAAAUAAUCUUAAUGAGCACUGAAGAAAAAUGGCAAAAAUAUGUACUUGUUUUACUGAUAAGCUGCAUGACUCUUCUGCUCACUCCCAGUACUUCGGCGAAAAGGGUCUUGAGCAAGCCUACUGUAGGUCCUAAUUUUAAUUUAGACAAAAUUUCAUUUGUUGCCUUUCUCUGCAUAAUGUAAUUUAUGCCACGAAAAUAUUAGGGAGUUCUGUUCCAGUUCAAAAAAUAUGGCUGGGUGGGGAAGUAGAUUUGCGUAAUUAAGAAAAACAAAUGAAACAACAACAACAACAGCAGCAACAAAGAAAAAGAUAAGAAAACAGUAAGAAAAUCUAUCCCUGUGCUUCGUGCAGGAGGUUUUGUAACGGCCCAGAGCUGUGCAGAAUCGAACCACUCCUUGGGGUCUGUUCAAAAAGGAACCAACCAACCCCCAGCAAACACCCCGCACUCCCCCCAGAGUUGAAUGUCUUUCCUUGUUAAUUCUCACGAAGUUCUUUCGGAAUCGCAAUGUUCGUAGCUGUUCUCUUUCAAUGGUUGUAUCUGGAAAAAAAAAAAAA